AGAAUCUGUGGGCAGCAGUGGAAAAGUGAAAUAAUUCCGAAUAUUCGAGCAAGAUGCCAGCAACAACGGAAGAGCACAUUGGCAACGCUCUAAUCAAUGGUCUGGAUGAGCUGCGUGACACAAAAAAUACGCCAUUGGUGUUUUUUGUCAAUGGGGUCAAGCCACUUGGCCGUGAACGCGUGUCUGGCGCCCAUCUGCUCCAUCCACCUGGCAGCCGUGACCACGGUGGAGGGCAUCGGCACCACCGCUGGCGACCAGCUCCACGCUGCCCAGGAGCGGAUUGCUCGGGCCCACGGGUCCCAGUGCGGGUUCUGCACCCCGGGUUUCGUCAUGUCCGUCUACGCCCUGUUGCGCAACACGUACGGAAGAGAUGAUGGUGGUGGUGGUGGUGGUGGUGGUGAUGCAGCACCGCCCACGAUGGCGCAGCUCCUGGAGUCUCUGCAGGGCAACUUGUGUCGGUGCACGGGCUACAGGCCCAUCCUAGAUGGCUACAAGACCUUCACCAAGGAGUACUUGGACUCUACUAAUGGCGCCAUCUUUGCCGGGGCGGGUUGCUGUGGCAAAAUGGUGAAUGGCACUUGUUGCCAACAACAACAACAACAACAACAACUGCAACCACCACAAUUACUCAUCAAUGGUGUUGCAGAAUCCAGCUUCAAGCCAUAUGAUCCCAGUCAAGACCCCAUCUUCCCACCUGAGUUGCAGCUGCUGCUCAUGGACCAUCAACACAAUAAUAAUUCUGGGGACCGAGUGUGUCCAGUCUUGGCCAGUUGGACAGGAAGGAAGGUGACCUGGUACAGGCCUUCCACAGUGCAGCAGCUCUUGCAGCUCAAGUCUCACUACAAGGAUGGGUGUAAGAUUGUGGCUGGCAACACUGAAAUUGGCUUGGAAACAAGGCAGAAGGGACUCCAUUAUCCAGUUCUCAUUGACAUACAGGAAGCAAUAGCACAGGAUUCUGAGCUGAAGGUGACACAAUUACUGGUGAAAAAAAACAAUGGCAGCAUGUGGAUUGGUGGAGCCAUGACACUCAGUGCUUUCCAGAGUGCAUUAAAUGAGCUCGUUGCCACAACUGUCAAUAAUGACCAGGACAAGGACCAGCAGUUGUCAGGACUAGGAAGGAAUAUCUGUUCCGAGUUCCUGUCCAUGCUUCACUGGUUUGCUGGCAAGCAAAUACGCAACGUGGCUACUGUAGCUGGAAACCUGGUGACCAGCAGCCCCAUCUCAGACCUGAACCCUUUGUUCCUGGCCGCCGGAGCAGAAGUGCACGUGGUUGGACUCAACAACAAGACUGGUGACCUGACCCGGGUCACAGUGCCCAUGAACGCAGACUUCUUCACGGGAUACAGAAGGAACGCCUUGGGCAAAGAUGCGUUCGUCGCUGGCAUAACCCUGCCCAUCGCAACACCCGCUGAUGAUGGGCACGUUUUCUUCAAGGGGUACAAAGUGGCCCGCAGACGCGAGGAUGACAUUUCUAUAGUGAAUGCGGGUUUCUGGCUCAGUCUGGGUCAACGUCAUGAGCCAUCCGCAGAUGACAAUAAGACCUAUGUUGUCACUGGAUGCAGGCUCGUCUUUGGUGGCAUGGCGCCCACGACUGUCAUGGCUGCUAAGACACAGGCAGCACUGGUGGGCAGGUGAGU